AUGUUGCGAGAAUCACCCUUGCCGACUGACGUCGAGCCAUACUUCGACUCGGUCCUCCAGUUCAACCACAAGGAGUACCGCGGCCUGGUGCGCCGGCUGCUGUCGGCUGGCAUUCUGGGAUGGACUCUAACACCGAAAGAGAGAAUUGGGAUGUUUUUCGUGUGGAAGGAUGGGCGGCGCCGACUUCGCCUCAUAGUCGACGCCCGCCGUACGAACGCCCACUUCAAGGACCCUCCUGGGGUGGAGCUUUUGAGCAGCGAGGGCCUUGCCAGAAUCGAGGUGCACGUGCCAGACGCGGGCUUCUCGAAUUACGAGGACCUCCGCGCCGCGCUGGAGGCGCAGCAGGUGUACAUCGGCAUGGCGGACGUGAAGGACUGCUUUCAUAGGAUGCGUAUUGAUUCGGCCCUCUCGCAGUACUUCUGCCUGCCGCCGGUCAUGGCUGGGGCUUUCGGCGUGACCGAGGUCGAGGGGACCAAGGUGCAGACGUCGACGGCCAUCUACCCUUGCUGGCAGGUGCUGCCCACGGGCUUCAGCUGGUCCCUCUACUUCGCCCAGCGGGCCAACGAGGAGGUGAGCCGCCGCAGCAGCGCGCUCCUUCGGGGGCCCGGUCUCUCAGACCAUGGGCCACCGCUCGUGUUCGCGCCAGGCAGAGCGUCCCAGGAAGUCAGGCACUACGUGCAUGUUGAUAACUUGGGGGUCUUCUCGCUCUUCUCUGAACUCGUGAGCGGCGUGAUGAACCAGCUGACAGGCGAGUUCACCAAGCUGAGCCUACUGCUGCACAAAGACGAGCUGGUGCCGGACAAGGCAGUAGCGCUGGGCACGGAGAUCGACGGGGGCCAAUUGCGCACUCGUGUGACCAGUGAUCGGUUCUGGCGCUGCCGCCAGGCCGUGCGAGGCCUCCUAGCCCGCCGCCGUGUCAAGGGGUGGGCCGUGGAAGCAGUGCUGGGCCACUUAACCUUUUGUGGCCUCUGCUCGCGCGGCACCUUGUCAGCCUUCAAUUCAGUCUACGGCUUCGUGCGAGCCCACUACGACGAGGCGGCCGUGCUAUGGACUGAGGCGCGGCAGGAGCUGACGGCCUUCAGCUCUUUGAUGUACUUCCUGGAAUCAGAUUGGUGGCUACCUUGGAAUCCCUUGGCGCAGCAGUCAGAUGCCAGUCUUCACGGCUACGGACUGGCAAGGGCCUUUUGGCCGCGGGAGCUGGUGGAGUCAGCCGGGCGCGUGCCUGAGCGAGCCCGCUUCCGCCGGCGCUGCGCGCACAGUGCCCGCGAGGCUGCGCUCUGUGCAGCUGGUUUCAGCAUGAGCGAGAGUGGAAAAUGGGAACUCAAGGGCCUUCCUGAAGUUGAGGAGGAGCUGGGCCAGUGGGACGUUGUGAGGGACUUCCCGGAGGUGCCCGCCCGGGGGCUCCGCGCAGGUCUGUGGGAGCCCUGCUUCGCAAGAGCCUGGCAGCACCCUGAGGGCAUCCUGACCUUAGAGGCCCGAGCCCUGGUCAGCAGCAUACAUCGUAUCGCCACCACGGCGUUUGGGUCCCACAUGCGUCAGUUGCUGCUCUGUGACAAUAUGUCGGUCGUGCUAAGCUUCAAUCGAGGGAGGCCUGGCCUGGGGCCGUCUGCCCAGGGACAGGAGGCGGGGUGCCCGUGGCAGCUUGCCCCUUUGGCGCCAGUGACGCCGCUGCCGUCGCCGGCAGCUCGGCGGGCGCACCUGCUGUGCGAGUCGGAGCUCCUGAAGACAGCGGUGCAGGGCCGUCCCCUGCCGCGGAGCCUGGGGCGGAUGGCGGAGGACCUGAAAGAGAUGCCUGUGCCAGCGGAGCCCGCUCAGGGAGUGCGAGAGAGCGACGGCUCCUCCGACAGCGGGAGCUCCGAGCCCGAGGUCGAGACCGACGCCGCGCGGCAGCCCAGGCUCGCGCAGUCGCACGAGCGCCUUGCCCGCCACUACGGGUCCCCUUACCUGGAGAGGGAGGCCGCGUGGAUUCCGUCGCUGCGCGAGUACCAGAGGGUUGCGACCAUUGGCGAGGUCAUGGAGAGCAGGGACGAUGCCAUGGUGACCUCGGCGUUGGUGAGCCAGCUGACCGGACUGCACCAAACUGGGACUCACCCCUCCUGGGCCGAGAGGCUGAUGGUCGGCGUCCUGCACUUCAACCCCGACAGGUCGAGCUACGGUGCCUGGCGCCUGCCCCCGGGCUGGAGCUUCUGGACCCUGAGGCUCUCCCCGGAGGAGGAAGGCCCGUGGGAGAGAGCGGGCCUGGUGAAGGUGUCGCUAGAGUCAGACUCGACCUGGAUGCGCUUCUUGUGCCCUGUGCUGUGUCAGAUGAAGAAGGUGAAGCACGUGCCCAGAGUACCGCAGGAGGUGCAGACACGCUGGCAGUGGAGAGCCAAGCGCAGCGUCGUCCGCUACGAGAAGCACGCGCGCCUGGCAGCCACGUGGUCAACUCGGAGCCGCACGGUGCAAGACGUGUUCCUGGUCUGCGGGGUUCAGCUCGCGGACAUCAUUUCGGAUCGCGCCUCGCCGCUCGACUUGCGGGAGCUCGGCUGCGGAGGCGCGGGUCGGUCCGCAAUGGCCAUGGGCGUGCCAGCCAGGUUCUGGGACACGCUGCACGGGCCGGGCGGCGACCUCACCCGACGGAAGGUCCUGCGGGGCUUGUGCUCCGACAUCGCCGCAGGCCGCGUCUUGGCC